UCCUCGGCGGCUCUGCCCGGUGCGUGCGGUCCCGCUCCCCGCGGACGGCAGCGCAGCGCCCGCGCCCCGUCGGGCUGCGGGCGGGCGGCGGGGUGAGCCGCCGCUCCGCUCCGCUCCGUGCCGUGCCGUGCCGUGCCCAGCCGUGCCCCCUGCCCUCGCCAUGCCCAGAGCCUUCCUGGUGAAGCGUCGGAGCCCGCAGCCGGCGGUGCGCAGCUGGGAUGGGCUGCCCGACGAGGAGAGAGCCGACACCUACAUCCCAGGCGGGAUCGGCUGCGUGCUGCUGGGCUACGAGGACAGCUGCAGCCUGGAGAGCAGCGGGAGCAGCGGGACCCGGGACGCGGAGCCCAGCGACCCCCCGACGCCCCAGCCCGCCCCCGGCGACUUGGGCACGGCCGGGGGGAUGCUGCUGGACCUGGCCGUCAAGCGCCCCGUGGUCAGGUCGAAAAUCAAGUUCACCACCGGCACUUGUAACGAUGCUACGAUGCAUAGCUGCGAGCUGUGUGGCAAAGGCUUUCGCUUGCAGCGGAUGCUCAACCGUCACAUCAAGUGUCACAGCCAGGUGAAAAGACACUUGUGCACCUUCUGCGGAAAAGGCUUCAAUGACACCUUCGAUCUGAAAAGACACGUCCGGACCCAUACUGGAAUUCGUCCUUACAAAUGUGAGGUUUGCAACAAAGCCUUCACCCAGCGCUGUUCCCUGGAGUCCCACCUUAAGAAGAUUCACGGCGUGCAGCAGCAAUACGCCUACAAACAAAGGCGAGAUAAACUUUACGUGUGCGAAGACUGCGGCUACACGGGCCCCACGCAGGAGGACCUGUACCUGCACGUUAGUAACGUUCACCCCGGAAGUGCUUUCCUGAAAAAAACCUCAAAAAAACUUGCAGCAGUUUUGCAAAACAAACUGAGCCCUGUCCUGCAGAGGAACUCCAAAGAUGACGACAAAGAUGAGUAACACAGUGGAUUACAGUGGUCUAAAGGAAUGAAGUUUACAUGUAGGACUAUAUAUAUAUUAUUUUUUUAAAAACAAUUUUGAAAGAAACCCCUGAAAUAAAAAGGAUGCUUUUGUUAACAGGACUCUCUUGAUGUUGGCAGAACCUCAUCUUGAAAGAACUAUUCCCAUAUACGAUGCAAACAUCAGACUUUUUUAUCUGGCCAAAAAAAAAAAAAAAAAGGAAAGUUUGGAAGAGGCUGUCACCUCUUGGAUGGAGCAUUUAACUGAACUGACAAUUCAGGCAACCUGUUUUCUAUUUCAGCUCUACCACACAUCCGAGUGCCCACUGACAAAUAAGUUCAUAUUUCCUCAGUGUAUUUUGUAAAGCUAAUAACAGUUACCACCCGUAAAAAUUAUUACUUUUGAGAGGUUUGGGUGAAAAGUGUCUUGUAUGCGCAGCUACUAGAACAUUGUUCCAUGCAAAAUGAAUUAAAAUGGUCUUAAGAAUAGAAGUACCCUUUAUCAGUAAAUAAGAUAAAAUGUGCAAGUGCAAAUAUCCUUAACUCUGCUCCUCUGUGCAGUAAACUAAUUAUUUAUGGAAGCAUGAUCCAAGGUGAGCUGAAACUUUUUUUGAAAGGAUGCAAAACUUUUUCCUCCCAAACUUUCUCUACUAGCGAAUGGCAUUAUUCCAGGGCAGACUUAUGGUCAUGUUUUAGGUACUUUAAGCUGUGAACUUAUUUUAUCAUGUUUAGAUUUAAGUGUAACCUUAAUUCUGAUGUUCCUGGACUUGUCAUGCUCACUUUGGGGAUUAUUACCACAUGCUUUUAACAUACACCAAUAUCAACCCUGAAACCCAAGGAAAAUACUUUAAUGACUUGAAGAUAUGUAUUUUUCUGUCAUGAUGAAAUGCAAUUUUGUGUGUAUUUUAUGGUGUGUGCGUGUGUGUGUGUUCAUUUUGGGUUGUUUUUUUUUUUCUUUUUAAUCAUCAACUGCCUGUUCGCUAAUACAACAGAGCAGUGCAACGCAGUGAAGAGGGAGACUUAGCCUGUCCCUGCCUCAUGAGAUCAGUGCAAAACUGUAGGCACAAAUCUGGCCUCCUACCUGUAACCACUGUCAGUUUAGAAAGCUCCUACCGAGGCUGAUGCCACAAGGGAAGGAGGCGGCGAUGAUGGUGAGGGACAGGUACUACAUCUCUGUGCAUUUAGGACUGCCCCAUAAUCCCACUCCAGCUCCUGUUGACCCAGGACAACCAAGAGGGACAAGCCUAUAGGGAUACUUGAGUGUGACGUUAGGGACUUAAAAACCAGAGGAGAGGGAUGCCCAUGGAACUCAUGUUGCUGAAACUGCCUGACACUUUAAGACUUCAGAAGCUGCUGCAGCCCUUACGGGGCACUUCAGUGUCUGUACUAGGAGUGACGGGGUGGGGUGGUAACUUCCUCGGCAACCGUGAGUUACUCUGGUCCAAGCACACGUUUUUCAUCUGUCUCUUAAUGGACACAGCCGCUGAACAGGUUUUACAUCAAUUUCAAUGCAUAACAAUUAAUGGAUUUCAUUUGUAAAUUCCAAAAAUUCGUAUCAUGCUCAAAAUAAAGCUGUACACUUGGGGAGAAUGCACUGUAUUCUAUAUACAUUGAACCAACAGCUGAAAAGUAACCCACCUAAAAUACACAGUCAUAGCCAGGACCUUCAUAAUCAUUACUACUCAAAUGAUAGAUUCUGAGCGUCUCUGCAAGAAUUGUAAAAAUCUUAUCAAUUCGCCUCAGUUUUGUACAGGCAUUUGCUUUUUUUUUUUUUAAUGUGUGGGGAAAAGCUUUUAGGGGUUUUAAAGCAUUUAUAAUUAUAUUAAUACUUUAUUUAGCACAACUGUUGGUGCUUGGGACCUUGAAAACAAGGAUAAUAAAGUGAUGCUACUGCGUAAAGAACAAACUUGUCAUCCUGUGUAACGGGAAAGUUCACGGAAUACUUGGAUAGGAAGUCCAUGGAAAAAAAAGCAUCUGAGAUAAAUUAGAAGAUCCUUGCUUUACAAAAAGAGCUAAAGCCUAUGCACUGAUCCCCAGUUCUUCUGAGAUCAUGCCAUUAUAACAAUAGUAUAAAUGGAAGGAUGCUCACUCCGAGCGAAGCUUGCAUGCUUGCAAUUGUAUCAACAAGACUGCCUGGCUAAGAAAAGCGUUAACAGCCAGUUCAGCCAACUGUGCUGGCGACACUCCCCAGUAAACUGCUCAGUGAGGUCUCGGUCAGGAAACUUAACUGUUGAGUUCAGCUCCUAGGUGGAGUUCAGUGGAGUCCACCUGAGCAGUGACUAGCGUUCACCUGCCUGCGAAGGACUCGUGCACUUAGCUCUGCUGAAACCUCAGCCCUUACAUGGGAACAGU